AUGGGCGAUCGGCGCGUGUGCCUGGUGGCCGGGGAACCGCUCUCGCCGGGGGACAGCCUGGGGCCCGUGCCGGCCCUGGGACUCGGAGGAGUCGACCCUCUGGCCGCGCUCGCCUGGAGGUGCACCGAUGACCCGGCGCCCACCUCCCAGUCCACCGUCAAGGCUCUGACGGCGUGGCGCGGCGCUUCCGAGCCUCGCGAAGGCGAAGAGGAGCGCGGCCGCUGGCUGUGCCAGCUGCCUCCGGCCCGGGACUCCCAGGAGCAGAACGUGGAGGUGGUGGCCCACGGAGGACAGAUCCAGCUCAGGGCCACCCGGAGUCUGCAGGCGGGAGAACCGCUCCUCGCCUGGUUCGGCAGGGAACUGGCCGACCUGCUGCGCCUGCCCAGCAUCCCACCUUCCUCGAGGACCGGCCACGCGGGAGAAAAGACCUACCGCUGUCCGCUGUGCAGCGACCUGUUUUCACAUCCGCAUCCAGUCAUCUCCCACCUCAUGUACCGCUGCCCAGCGCGGCACCACGCCGCCGCCUCGCUGCUGCCUCCUAGUCCCGAAUUGAGCCCCGACCUGAGCGCCGAGCCCGGGUCCAACAGAAAGCCGGCCCUGACACCGGAGCCCAGGAGGGUGAAGGGCUUCGACAUCGCCUCGCUGACGGACACCAGCCUGGACCUCAAAGGCAACCCCGCGCGGGUAUCUCUGGACUCCUCCAAGUCUCCCGCUCUCGACUACUCGUCCUCGUCGUCCCUGCCAGAUGACCUAUCCUUCAAGCGGCCAACCAAGAAGCGCAAGUCGGACGAAGACAACGCGCCGGCUUCGAGCGCCUUCAAGAAAGUGGACAAGACGGACAGGUCUCCUGGAUUGUCUCCCAUCGCCGGCGGCUUUCCGUUCGCCUUCCCUUAUUCACUGCCCUCUUCAAGUCCCAUCUGCGGUCAGUUCCCGUUGCUUCCUGUCUUUGGAUCGCUCUUGGACUCAAAGCUCGAGGAAGAGCUCAUCGACAAGGCGUCUGCGACGAGCGCUGCAGCGGCCGCUGCCGCGGCGGCGGCUGCGGCGGCCAGGAGGUUUCUUCCGACGUCCUGUAGCUAUCCCGUGCUGCCUUAUCUCCCGCCGUCUCUAGCAGCACUCUCGCUCCCAUCGCAGAACUGGUGCGCCAAGUGUCAGACCAGCUUCCGGAUGACUAGCGACCUGGUAUACCACAUGAGGUCGCACCACAAGCGUGAGACUGAUCCCGCUAAGAAAAGGCGGGAGGACAAACUGCGCUGUCACAUUUGCCACGAGAGUUUCCGCGAGAGGCAUCACCUCACCAGGCACAUGACUUCGCACCAGUGACUUCUGUCGCUCUCCAAGUCGUCAUGACGUGUGGUGUGUUGUGAAGUUGUAUUGACAAAAACUGCAGCGUACCUGCUUU